AUGAUUAUCACCUGUAGUUUAAAGUUGCCAGGCAGGAACUGUGUUUUCUUUCAUUUGACUUCUUUGGCCAAGCAGGAGAAGUGCAAUAAUCUCCGUAGGCCUUUUGCAGGCUGUUGCCAAGCUCGAGUCCGUUGUACAGGAGAUAGAUGCCAAAGGCUGGAUUUGAGUGGAAAGAAUAGAAACUAUUUUUUUACUGGAAACCCUGACUCCUGUAAAAACUUCAUCAGUAAAGGACUGAGAUGCCUUUUGAAUGCUCCAAAUACAGAAGUAUGCAAGAAUGCAUAUGACAGUUUGGGAAGAUUUUGCUUCCAAUUUGCUCGGCCGCUGAGAGAGAAGACCACCUCCCUCCAGAUCAGUUCUGUAGGGCAGGUCCCACAUCGCUUUUCUGCUUGGAACAUUCGGAUCAUCAGGUCUUUUCAUACAUCACCAUCGUUUCAGGCUGCACCAUUUCCUCUCUGGAUUAUUGUUAAGCCAGCUCAGAAGUUACUUGCUAUCAUUCUUGGCAGGAGCAUAAGAAAGUGGUGGCAGGCACUUCCUCCUAAUAAACGGGAACUUUUUAAAGAAAGUGCAAGAAAAAAUAAAUGGAAGAUACUCCUGGGUGCCAGUAGCUUAGGAGUUUUAUUUGUCACGUUUUAUUUUACUAACUUGGAGGAGACACCCGUCACUGGGCGCACUCGACUGUCAGUGUUUGGAAAAGAGCAUUUUAGGGAAUUGUCACAGAUUGAAUGUGAUAUGUACAUGGAGGAAUUCAAAAAUAAAAUGUUACCAGAGACAGAUGCACGCUAUCAGGUUGUGGAGAGAGUUUUUGGUCACUUGUAUGAGAGCAACAAGGACGUACCACAGGUUGCUGCACUCAAGUGGGUUAUCCAUGUGGUUGACGAACCAGAUGUAAAUGCUUUUGCAUUACCAAAUGGUGAAGUAUUUAUUUUCACUGGAUUGCUAAGCGCAGUUUCUGAUGUUCAUCAGCUGACUUUCAUUUUGGGACACGAAAUAGCUCACGCUGUGCUGGAACAUGCAGUGGAGAAAGCCAGCCUGGUUCACUUCUUGGAUUUCCUGUCACUCAUCUUUCUCACUGUGAUUUGGGCCGUCUGUCCCCGUGAUAGUAUGGCAGUUGUUGGCCAGUGGAUUCAGAGCAAGUUGAAGGAGUUUAUAUUUAAUAGACCAUACAGCAGGACGUUGGAGGCGGAAGCUGAUAAAGUGGGACUUCAGUUUGCAGCGAAGGCUUGUGUGGAUGUACGAGCAAGCAGUGUAUUUUGGCAACAAAUGGAAUUAGCAAAAACCAUUCAAGGGCAGCCGACGUUACCAGAAUGGCUCUCCACACACCCUUCUCAUGAAAACAGAGCUGAGCACUUGGACCGGCUUAUCCCGGAGGCUCUUAAAAUUAGAGAGAGCUGCAAUUGCCCAUCUCUUUCUGGACCAGAUCCUCGCGUCCUUUUCAAACUUAACUUGCAACAUCUCCUGGAAUCCUCUGAAGAUCAAGAAACCUCAAAUUCUUCAACCCAAGAUCUCUCAAAACCGAAACUGGAUUUUCCUCGCAUUCAAAAAGUGAAAGAUAUGCCAGUAACUUUUGCAGUUAAGCCUAAAAACUAA